CUCUUCCUUCUUGCUAGUAUCACUCUUUCUAAAAACAUGUUCCCCACCAUGUUUGCUUGCCUUAAUAGCAAAAUAUCAGAUGAAAAAAUAGUAGAACAGCUCAAAGUCACAAAGGCAGUAUACAGAGACGAGUUAACCAAAAAGAAAUCUCCACCGCCAAGCAAGGCAGUGAAGAAGAAAAGUGUUCGGUUUGCGGAUUCAGAAUCUACGGUUAUGGGAGAAGAAGACAAUGAGAAGAACCUCGUGAAAGGAAGAUGUACUGGUAAUGAAUUAGGAGAAAGAACAGGGAUCAGAGUGAAGGUAAAGAUGACAAAGAAAGAAGCGGCUAGGUUGCUAUCAAAAUGCAAAGAAGGAGGAAUUCUCGAAUUCAAAGAUGUUGCUCGUGAGCUUGUGGAGCUCCCACAGAACCGAGUUAGCAUUAUGUCUACUUGUACUAAAUGAUAAUGUUGAAGUUUCACUAGUGGGAGGGAGAAAACUAUACAUAGCAAUGCGUUGUACUCUAGGUCUAGGAAGACUUUGUUAAAUUCUAAUGUUUUGUUCUUUGCUGAGGAACGAAGAGAGCAUGAGUUCAUUCAGUAAAUUAAUGCUAUGUGAUUAUGUAUGGAAGUGUACUCACUUAUACAUAAGAAAGUUUUGUUGUAAUUCUUCUUCUUCGAUUACUCUUUAAGUUUUGCAAAUUAUGAU